AUGUCAUCGAAAGUGAUGCCUCCUGUAGCUCGAAAGGAACCGUAUAUACAUACAUAUCAUGGCAAGGCAUUACCUGUGGACAAUUAUCAUUGGAUGAAGGAUAUGAAUAAGGAAAAGAAGCCAGAAAUCAUUGAACAUUUGAACUUGGAAAACAAGUAUUUCGAUGUAGCAACUAGAGAGCCAUUGAAGCCGCUGUCGGACAUGGUCUACAAUGAAUUCCUCUCGAGAAUUCAAGAGGAUGAUGAUACUGUCCCCGUCCACAAAAAUGGAUAUUAUUAUUACUCCAGAACUGAGAAAGGAAAACAAUAUCGGCUGCAGUGUCGAAAACGAGCAAGUUUGGAAGCUCCUGAAGAAGUAUAUCUCGACCUCAACCUGAUGAAAUUCGACUAUGUCACUUUGGGCGGCCUUGCUCAGAGCUUGGAUAACUCCAUGCUGGCAUAUGCUCUGGAUACCGCUGGCGAUGAAGUCCACACGGUCCACUUCAAAAAUCUAGCUACUGGACAUAUCUAUGAAGCUGAUGCCAUUGGCAACUCAUCUGGUGAUGUAGAAUGGGCUAAUGAUAACAAGACCCUCUACUACACUACUUUGGACAGUAUCCACAGAUCGUUCGCCGUUUAUAAACACGUAUUAGGAACUCCAACGGUGGACGAUGUGAAAUUAUAUGAGGAAACAGAUGAGAAGUUUUCGGUGUACCUUCGUAAAUCGAUGUCAGAAAGAUUCAUGUUUAUCACAUCGUCAAGCAGCUUGACGUCGCAGACUUGGGUCUUGGACUUGAAUGAUGCCAAUCCAGUGAUGAAGGAGUUUAUACCUCGAGAAUUCAAACACAAGUACAAAGUGGACCAUCACAAUGACCGCUUCUUGAUCUUGACGAAUGCUGGUUUGAAAUGUUUGAACUACAAGUUGGUUUCUUGCCCAUUGGAUGCAACUUCCGUCGAGAAUUGGGUAGACGUAUUACCAUACGAUCCAUUUAAGUAUCUCACUUCUGUUAUUCCGUUUGCAGAUCAUCUAGUUAUUACUGAACGAUCUGAAGCAUUGACUCGUAUUCGAGUAUUGGAAACCAACGCAUCUGGAAGAUUUGAUUCGACCUCGCCACAGCAUUAUAUUGGAGUCACCGACGCUUUAUUCACGAUGCAAGCGGAUUCGGGUGUCCAAGAAUUUCACUCGUCAAAGCUUCGAUUCUCCUUCUCAACGCCAAUCAAUCCUCCCCAAUCCCUGGAAUACGACAUGAAGACCAGAGAGAAGAAACUUUUGAAGCAAACUCCGUGUCCCAACUUUGACCCUAGUCUGUAUGAGACUAAACGACUUUGGGCUCCUAUACCUCCAGAAUAUCAAGUAGCUGCACCAUAUGAUACUCCAGUGAUUGAUAAAAUCCCUAUUUCAGUCAUUUUCAGAAAGGAUAAAUUCAAACAAGAUGGUUCUUCUCCAGGAUUUCUUUAUGGAUAUGGUAGUUAUGGAAUUUGCAUUGACCCUGACUUCAACCAAAAGAUUUUUUCGUAUGUGGAUCGCGGUGUCGUGUAUUGUAUAGCUCAUAUACGUGGUGGUGGUGAAUGUGGCAGAGCUUGGUAUGAGGUUGGGAAAUUCUUGAACAAGAAAAACACAUUCACAGACUUUGUUUUGGCUGCUGAUUACAUUGUCAAAGAGAAGAUAACAACACACGAAAAUAUGGCAAUCGAGGGGCGAAGCGCUGGUGGACUUUUGAUGGGCGCAGUGCUCAAUCUCAAACCGGACAUCAGUAAAGUCGCACUGGCAGGCGUCCCAUUCGUCGAUGUCAUCAACACCAUGAUGGAUCCAAGCAUUCCUUUGACAGUAAACGAAUAUGAAGAGUGGGGUGACCCCAACGAUAUCGAGUACUUUAACUACAUGCUUUCGUACUCUCCCUACGAUAAUGUCCCUGCAGGAGCUCAGUUCCCUCACCUCUUGGUUAAGGCUGGCUUGAAUGACCCAAGGGUUGCAUACUGGGAGCCUGCCAAGUGGGUAGCCAAGUUGCGAGAUAUGAAAAUGAAUGGUGACCAUGAAAUCAUGUUUGAUUGUAAAAUGGGUGCCGGACACUUUGGCUCCAGCGGCAGAUACGCUGCCUUUUUGGAGUACAGCUCUGAAUAUGCUUUCGUGUUGAAGCAUCUUAUUCCAACUGCUCUUGACGAUGCAGUUGCCAAACAAAAAGCUCAAUUGUAG